AUGGGGCAAAUUUUCUGUUGUGUUAAAGUGGACCAAUCAACUCUGGCUAUCAGAGAAAGUUUUGGAAAGUUUGACGCUGUGCUUGAGCCUGGUUGUCACUAUAUGCCUUGGAUUUGUGGCAAGCGAAUAGCUGGCCACCUCACUUUGCGUGUACAACAGCUUGAUGUUCGAUGUGAAACGAUGACAAAGGAUAAUGUCUUUGUUACUGUUGUUGCAUCUAUUCAAUACCGGGUUAUAGCAAAAAAGGCUACAAAUGCUUUCUACCAACUCAGCGACACCGAAAGACUAAUCGAAUCCUAUGUUUUUGAUGUUAUUAGGGCAUUUGUUCCAACGAUGGAGCUGCAUUCUCUUUUUGAACAAAAGUAUGAAAUAGCGGAAGCUCUAGUAGUGGCACUAGACAAGGCCAUGUUAGCAUAUGGGUUUGAGAUAGUUCAAACUCUUAUUGUGGAUAUUGAACUAGAUACACUAAUGAAAGCCAAAGCACAAAAGAAAUUGGAGAUUAUGCGUGCUGAGAAAGAUGCAAAUGAGAAUGCUCAAGCACAGAAGAAAUUGGAGAUCAUGUGUGCCAAGGGAGAUGGAAAUGAGAAAACCCAAACACAUAAGAAAAUGGAGAUACGAGGUGAGGAUGAUGAGUCGAAAUAUCUGGUUGAGGUUGACAAAACUCAGGACCGUCGGAUUGUCAGGAUUACUACUACUAAGAAAAGUUAG